UGUGCCGACAGAGGAGCCACACUGGUCGGGAUAAGACUAGAUGAGGGACAUACGACUUCUUGUUUGUUGGAAGGAAACAUCUGAAUUGGUAAAGCUCGGUCUCUAGGUCCCUGACCCUUUGCCAGUGACCCCAGGACGGAAGCAUGGAUGCACCGACCAGCCUGGAGGAUGAGGUGCUGGAGAUGGUGGAAGGAUCAGCCACCAUGGCAAACCUUUACAACAUCAGUCGUCACGUGUACGGGGACGUCAACAUCACCAACGCCACCUACUUCUCGUACUACCCGCACUCUCUGCACAUCGCCGCGGGCUACAUCCUGGCCUACCUCUUCAUCUUCCUGCUGUGCAUGGUGGGAAAUAUCCUGGUGUGCCUCAUCGUGCUGGGGAACCGUCGCAUGCGCACCGUCACCAACCUCUUCAUCCUCAACCUGGCCGUCAGCGACCUGCUGGUGGGAAUCUUCUGCAUUCCCACCACGCUGGUGGACAACCUCAUCACAGGUUGGCCCUUCACCAACAUCGUGUGCAAGUUGAGUGGUUUCGUACAGGGCAUGUCUGUCUCAGCCUCCGUCUUCACACUGGUGGCCAUUGCCGUUGAGAGGUUUCGCUGCAUAGUCUACCCCCUGCAGCCAAAGUUGACACUAUUCAUCGCUAAGGCGACCAUAUGGUUGAUCUGGGUGCUGGCGGUGGCUAUCACGUGCCCCGCGGUGCUCGCUCUGACCGUCGACAAGGUGGGCUACCAUUUCCUGGUGUACAACGACAACCUCAACCUCACCUACCCGCUGUACAUGUGCUACGAAAACUUUGCCAACCCGCUGAUGAAGAAGGCGUACACCGCCGUGCUGUUCACCCACAUCUACAUGGUGCCUCUCGCCUUCAUCACCGUCAUGUACGGAUGCAUCGGCGUCAAGCUCUACUCCACCGUGGUCUCCAGCCGCGCCCAGCAAGAGGCCAGCAACCACACAGCGCCGUGCCUGGCGCGAAGAGCUGGCCGUCCGGUCAUAUCCCAGAAGAAGAUCAAGGUGAUCAAGAUGCUGAUCGUGGUGGCCCUGCUCUUCAUGCUCUCCUGGCUGCCCCUGUGGACCCUGAUGAUGAUGACUGACUACGCGGGCCUGGACAGCGAGCAGCUCGACCUGCUGUCCAGCUACUUCUUCCCGUUCGCACACUGGCUGGCCUUCUCCAACUCCAGCGUCAACCCCAUCAUCUACGGCUACUACAACGAGAACUUCAAGCGGGGGUUCCAGGGAGUGUGCAAGAGCCGACCGUUCUGCUGCCUGUUCCCCUGCUGGCGUUGGGACAAGAGGGCCGGCCGAAACAGGAGGGGGAAGCCCGCCCACGGAGGCGGCAGCAACACAACGCGCCUCAAGGAUCCCAGCCCCAUCCCCAACCACAUGGUCUUUGGAGUGACGAACCGCGUUCACAACGAUCAGAACAGCGACCCCGUCUCGCUGGCAUUGGCGCCGAAGAGGCCGUCCCGGAUGGCGUGCGGCGUGGUGGUCCACUCGGAGCCGAGCAGCGCCAAGCCGCCCUCAGAGACGUCCACCGUGGUUAAGACGGGGCUGACGGGGAAGGAGCAAGACAAGGUCAGAUCCCUGGGGAAUGCGGUGGUCCAGGCGUGGGAUAAUAAGUAGUUUAGCUGAGUUUCCUCAAUGGUUAAGAUGAGGAGAUGACGAUAUUCUUUGGGUGACAAUAUACAGUAUGAGAUGGGAUUCAAUAAUGGAUUAUUAAUGUUUCAAAAGCGCAAUCGAAUCUAGGACUUUUGCACGCUGUUUCUCGUAAGUAAGGAGAAUAGAAACAUACCUCUGUCCCUCUGUCUGAAUCUGAAACCUUCUCUUCAGCCCUCACAUUCAUUUCUGCUCUGAGCCUCCUGCUCUCUCUCACAAAGGCCUACUGUCUUCUCCUUUUUUCAUUGUCCUCUUUCCCUUCACUUUUAGCUUUCCUUUUCAUUUUUUUAUGCUGCUUGUCACUGUCCAGCUACUCUGUCCUGCAAGAUGUAAAAAGCUCCCGUUACACUAAUACACUGUAGGGCAUUGUACUACUUUAUCAUUGUAUUCUUUUUGAUUUUUUUACAGUAAAGGAUGAGCACUGGUUCAAUUUGUGCAGCAUCAUUGCUGUGAUAUGAGGGAGUUGAAUUGUCUAGGCCAAGUAGGUAGGUUACUGCUUAGCAAAUCAAAUAAAAAUGCUUAGUAGUGCUUUUGUAGUGUUGUAACUUCACCCCCGAAAUGGGGACCGCCCUGUCAAACGUUAUGAAAUAGGUUCAUAUGUCAGUUUUAAUAUUUUGUAUUAAGCAACUCUUGUCUUGAAUAAAAUCUGAAACAAUGUAUGGGCAAAAAGGCUUCUACAUACCAUGAGCAAACGUUUCACUUUGAGUUGAUCAAUGGACGUGAUCAGGGCCGACGGACUGCGGGGGAAAGUGAGGCAGGGGUGGGGGGGCCCAAGGCAGA